AGCCCUCAUUUCAUUUUCACUCCACCAUUCGCGUGCUCUCUCUCUCUCUCUACAAUACUUAUUGCUCUAGCUGUAAUACACUUCCCUGUUACAAAGAAACAAGAAAUGGAUUGUGGCGAAAAUGGCAUUUUCUGAACUUUUAUAAGAAAAGCUUAUAUAUUUCUCUUGCUACACAUCUCUCUCUCUCUCUCUCUCUCUCUCUCUCUCGCUACAGUUGUUCAAGCUCUAAUAUAUCUACCCUCGACAGAGUAACAAGAGAUGGGGUGUCGCAGAAACUGCAGUUUUUGAGGUUCUUUGUAAUCUGCUUGUAUUUCUCUUGCUUCAGAAUUACAUACCCAUGUUUGUACAUUAUGAUGAUUUGGGGACGAUGGGCAGUGAUAAUGUUUGCACCUGGAAAUGAAGGAGAGGCAACGGUGGCGAGCUGAAGAGGAUGCGUUAUUGCGUGCAUAUGUGAAACAGUAUGGGCCGAAAGAAUGGCACCUUGUGUCACAGCGCAUGAACACACCCCUCAACCGAGAUGCUAAGUCCUGCUUGGAAAGGUGGAAGAACUACCUAAAACCGGGAAUUAAAAAGGGAUCCCUUACUGAAGAGGAGCAGCGACUCGUUAUCCAUCUUCAGGCGAAACACGGCAACAAAUGGAAAAAAAUCGCAGCUGAAGUUCCGGGUAGAACUGCGAAGAGAUUGGGGAAGUGGUGGGAAGUGUUCAAAGAGAAACAGCAAAGGGAACAAAAAGAGAACAAUAAGAUAGUAGAGCCAGUGGAGGAGGGAAAAUACGACCAUAUUUUAGAAACGUUUGCUGAGAAGAUAGUGAAAGAGCGGAGUGUCCCCGGGUUGCUUAUGGCUAGUUCGAAAGGAGGAUUUCUCCACGCUGAUCCCCCUGCUCCAACCCCGCCAAAUCUUCUUCCUCCAUGGCUGUCUAAUACCACCACCUCAUCUGCUGUUAGACCUCCAUCCCCAUCAGUUACCUUAAGUCUUUCCCCGUCUACUGUCCCACCCUCACCUGUAAUUCCAUGGCUACAGUCUGAUAGAGGGCCCGAUAAAACCCCCCUUACCUUGAGUGGCUUUCCACCCCAUCACGGGAUUAGCCCUCCCUGUGGAGAGAACCCCAUGGUUACUGAACUCGUGGAUUGCUGUAAAGACUUGGAAGAAGGGCACCGUGCUUGGGCAGCCCAUAAAAAAGAAGCAGCUUGGAGGUUGAGGCGGGUGGAGUUGCAACUUGAAUCAGAGAAGUCAUGCAAAAUCAGAGAGAAAAGGGAGGAAUUUGAGUCAAAGAUGAAAGCUUUAAUGGAAGAACAAAAGACUAGCCUGGACAGAAUUGAAUCAGAUUACAAAGAACAGUUAGCGGGAUUGAGGAGGGAUGCAGAAGCUAAGGAGCAAAAACUGGCAGAACAGUGGGCAUCAAAGCACUUGCGCCUCACCAAGUUUCUCGAGCAGAUGGGAUGCCCACCACGCCUUGCAGAGCCCAACGGCCAGUAACUCCGAUCCAUUGCAGCAUGGAAACCAGCCAGUCUUUCACAGUAAAAUUCUUAUCUUGGCUUUUGGUUAAAUGAUGAUGUUUCCAGUAAUGGUGAUGUUCCUGUAACAGGAAUCUACUUGAACUUGAAUUUAUAGCUUUUCCAAGGAUUGUUUUUCCACUUUUUUCCCCUGCUUAUCCAACCAAAGUUGCAAUGCUAUUUAAAAUAAUUGGAGAAUGAACUGUGCUGCUCAUCCUGUAUCAUCUUUUAUAAUAUAUAUCCUUGUACUUCUUCUGCUAUAA